UUUUCAUCAUCUACAACAGAAAAAAUGCCAAAAUUCGUACCGCGUCAGAGGAAACAUAAAGUCCUUGCGCGUGAGAAGGCGUUACAAAAUGGCGCCCGAGAUGGUGGAGAUGUACCUCCGCAGACGGACAGCAAUGCGCUGGAAAUUCUCCCCGACGCUCAGAAAGCAGACCGUGAAGCUAGAAGAGCUCAGUUGAGAAAUGAAUUGAAGGGCGAAGUUAAGGUUAGCGGCAAAAAGGCCAAGCGCCUUGAAAAAUAUAUCGACAACAAGCUUAAAAAGGAUGAGAAUCGAGUUCUCCUGGCCGAAUUAGCUAAGAAUAAGAUCGACACAAGUUUAUUUUCGAGUAGUCGAAGUCUCGGUCAGGGGAAAGAGACGAAACGCCAGGCACUUAGUCGCGUCUUGAGAGAACGAAGAGCAGGAGUUGGUGGGGAUGAUGAUGAUGUCCUCUUCGAAACUAAGGAUGCUCCCGCAAGCGAUGAAUCAGAGGAUGAUUUUGAAGCGCAUUCAAAAACUAGUCGCUUUAAAGGUCAAGGGAGCGGAUUUUCUCAGAAUGCUGCGCCCGCAGUCAAUGGAUCUACUACUAACGAUGCUAAAAUUGCUUUACCGGAAAAGCCAGCGGUUUCUGUGGGGUCUGGAUUAAAACGUCCCCUGGAAUUAGACGACGAGGGGCGACCAGUUAUACAAAAGAGACAGAAGCGCGGUGGCGUAAAGUCGAAGGUGCAUGCGAAGGCACAAAUCAUACUGCCUGAAAUAUCACCCGAGAGUGCGGAAGAACGCAUGGACGAGGAUGACGCUAGCGAUGACGAGUGGAAUGGGUUUAGCUCCGACGCGUCUGCCCACGAUUCGGCCAAGUCUCAGGAAUCCGAGGAAUCAUCCUCCGAGGAAGAUGAAUCUACAGAUCAAGAGUCGAGCAGCGAUGACGAAUCAUCUGAAGAGGAGGAAGACGUUUCGAAGAGAAAGGAGAGGUCCUCGGCUUUUAAAUCAUGGGCUCAUGAACAACGUAAUGCAGCUCUUGGAUAUGAGCCUGUCAAUAAUAAUAAUUCGGUUUUGAAUAUUACGGUCCCCAAGGAUUUCAAGCUACGACCGCUGGAGCAAGACCCGUUACCUAUGGAAUUACUUCCGACAAAGGACAGCGGGAGAAAGGCGUUUAGCGUUCCGGUACAGAGGACAUCUGAAAUACAAGAUGCGCGGCUUAAGCUACCGGUAGUAGCUGAGGAGCAGAAGAUUAUGGAAGCCAUUCACAACAACAAUGUAGUAGUAAUUUGUGGUGCUACUGGAUCGGGGAAAACAACACAAGUACCCCAGUUCCUAUUCGAAGCCGGGUACGGCUCGCCUAACUCACCUACACCAGGUAUGAUCGGAGUGACACAACCACGAAAAGUCGCUGCGGUCAGUAUGUCAAAGAGGAUUGGGCAAGAACUUGGUGACCGGUCAGACGCUGUUGCAUACCAGAUUCGAUUCGAGGGCACGGUUGAUGAUAAGACAGCAGUUAAAUUUAUGACGGAUGGUGUGCUUCUUCGUGAAGUCGCUAAUGAUAUCUCUCUUCGUAAAUAUUCUGCCAUUAUUAUCGACGAAGCUCACGAGAGGAGCGUCAACACAGAUAUUCUUGUUGGAAUGCUUAGCCGAGUCGUUAAGCUACGAGAGGAAAUGUCUAACGAAGACCCCAAGUUAGCUCCACUGAAGUUAAUUAUCAUGUCGGCCACUUUGCGAGUAGAUGAUUUCAUAAAAAAUCAAACAUUAUUCCCAAUACCGCCGCCGGUUCUUAACGUCGAGGGCCGGCAACAUGCGGUUACUAUGCACUUUUCUAGGCAGACCCGUCACGACUACGUCGACGAGGCCUUCAAGAAGAUUAUGAGAGGGCAUCGUAAGCUACCACCAGGUAGCUUCCUCGUCUUUCUUACUGGGCACGAUGAAAUACAAAGGCUGAGCAAGAAGCUCAAGCUUGCGACCGGUGCUAUGAAUCCUAUCGUAUAUCCGAAGGUUCGAAUAUCCGCCAACGAUGCUCCUUUAGAAGUCGAGGAUAUCGACUUCGGAGAAACUAAUGAAAUGGCAAAUGAUGAUUAUGACCUACCAUUUAUUGAUGAGGAAGAUGAGGAUGAGGAAGACGAGGGUGAAUUCGACGUUUCGGAGGAGGUUGGUUCGGGGCCCCUGAAGAUGCACGUCCUGCCCUUAUACUCAUUGUUACCCACGAGAGAACAAAUGCGAGUAUUUGACGAUCCGCCCGAGGGCUCGCGUGCCAUUAUACUUGCAACAAACGUUGCCGAGACAAGUUUAACGAUACCUGGCGUUCGCUACGUAUUUGACUCGGGGCGGUCUAAAGAACGAAGAUACAAUAGGGAAACUGGAGUGCAAAGCUACGAGAUCGGCUGGAUCAGUAAAGCUAGUGCGAACCAACGAGCCGGACGUGCUGGUCGAACUGGACCGGGUCACUGCUAUCGGCUAUACUCUUCUGCCGUGUAUGAGCGGGACUUCCCCGAGUUCGCCGACCCCGAAUUGCUGAGAAUGCCCAUCGAAGGCGUAGUGCUGCAGCUCAAGGCGAUGCGGCUACAACACGUAGUUAACUUUCCCUUUCCUACACCACCGGAACGGCAAAGCCUUGCUAAAGCUGAAAAACUGCUUCAGUACCUAUCAGCAAUCACCGAAUCGGGUCAGGCUACUCAAAUUGGCCAGACGAUGGCAAAGUUCCCUCUCCCACCCCGUUUUGCGCGUAUCCUUCUAGUUGGACAUCUCCACGACUGCUUACCAUAUACCGUGGCACUCGUUGCAGGAUUAUCUGUAGCGGAGGUGUUUAUCCCAGAAAGUCAAGCAAUACCAGCUCUGGCAGCGGAUCACGAACACGGCUUCCGCACCAACCAGGACGUAGCCGCGGAGAACCAGCAGAUCCUAGCGCGACGCAAGUAUAACGAAGUUCAUCGAAACUUCUGCUCGCUAGACGAUAGUUCCGACGCCAUCAAACUCCUCCAAGUCGUCGGAGAAUUCGCACACGACCCAACAGAACGAUGGUGUGAGAACCACUUCGUGCGCUUCAAAGCGCUCCAAGAAGCCCAGAAACUCCGCCGGCAGAUCACAAGCCUACUUCAGAAAGACAUUCCCGCAUUCGCCAACCUAACUUUCAAAGAAAAGCUAGACCGGCCCAGCCCCAAGCAAAUCACAGCCCUAAAGCAAAUGGUCGCCGCAGGCUUCAUCGACCAAGUCGCUAUCCGCGCCGACCUAGCCCCCUCCCCACCCGAAAUCUUCCGCAAACCCCGCCGCGCCAUCGACGUCCCCUACGUGCCCCUCAAACCCGCCGAAUCGGACCCCCGCGACCCCUUAGCCGGCCUAGUCUACAUCCACCCGUCGUCCUCGCUCGCGCACCGCAGUCCCCAGGAGUGUCCCGAGUACAUCGUGUACACAAACCUGCAGCGCGCGGCAGCAGCCGAUCCGUCCGCGCAGAAGAUCCCCAAGACGAGGAUGCUCGCGCUGACGGACGUCACGGGCGCGCAGCUGGCCGCGCUGGCGAAGGGGACGCCGUUGCUGUCGUACGGGAAGCCGAUUAAGGAGGUUCCGAGGACGGAUGGCACGCGCGAGUGCUGGGUCGUGCCGUAUAUGCGUGCGGAAGGAGGUGGUGGGUUGGGUUGGCCGUUGCCGGUGAGGAGGAUUGUGCAGAGGAAAGUUCCUGGGAAGGGGUGGGUUGCUGAGUGAUAUGGUAGAUUGGAUUAUGCUGCUUACCUAGGUAGAUUAGAGUGGGAAGACGGAUGCUUUUGUUAGCGGAGAGUAAUUCGUCGUUGUCAUGAGGUAUAUAUAUAAAAAAGGGAGGCGGCGAAAUUAACACGAUAAUCUAUUUACGCCCCUGGUGUUUAUGA